ACACCUAAACAUUAGAGAUUAUAAAUUGGAAUAAAAUAUUUCAGUCUGUUUUUUUCUUAUCAGUCAGGCCGGAGCCAUGUUACUUCCCUUGGCAAUUCUUGCCUUAGGGCUUGCUGGUCAGGCAGAGGCCAAGCAUCUUGGAUGCUAUUAUGGAGUAUGGGCAUAUACAAGACCGGGGAUGGGAGAGUUCUGGCCAGAGGACAUUGAUGUUAGUCUCUGCGAUGUAAUCUACUACGGGUUUGGUAAUGUUUUAAAUGACACCUAUGAGGUGUGUAGUUGGGAUCCAUGGUUUGACAUGAGUAUGGAGAUUGAUGGUGGAGAUAUGUCAAUUCCUAACUGCAUCCAGGAAAGAGAUGGAGUUCAGUGGCCUCCUGGUUGUACAACCGACAGCGGACUUGAAUACUGUCAUCACAACGGAAUGAGAAGAACAAUUGCCUUGAAAGAAAAGAACCCAAAUUUGAAAGUUCUUUUCUCUGUUGGAGGAUGGACUGCUGGUGGGUGGAUCUUUUCUCAAAUGGCUCAGACAGAAGGAACAAGACUGAUGUUUAUCAGAAGUGCUGUUCAUUUCCUCAAACAUUUUGGAUUUGACGGUCUUGAUUUGGAUUGGGAAUAUCCUGCAUACGACAUGUUGCCUGAGGUACCCACAGAUCCAAAUGACAAGUACCAUUUUACCUCUCUAAUGAAAGAAAUGAGAGAAGCAUUUGACAAGGAUGGGUUACUCAUAACAUUUGCUGCUGCUCCAGAUCCUUACAAGGCAAAUAAUGCUUAUGAGAUAGAAAAGGUACAUCAGUAUGUUGACUGGAUUAACAUAAUGAAUUAUGAUUAUGGUGGCGCCUGGGAUAAGUUUACUGGAAUAGACGCUCCUCUUUACGGAAGAUGGGAAGAAGGGUUCCAAGGCCAUCCUCACUAUGAGUUUAACAUUCAUGCAACUGUCCAGUACUAUCUCAACAAGGGAGUUCCAUCUGAAAAGCUAUCCCUUGGUAUUCACACUGAAGCCAAAGGAUUUGUACUGAAGAACAAUGAUGACAAUGGAAUUUACUGCCCGGCUUCAGGAUCUCCAAACAUGACAUUUUCCAGGCAAGAGGGAUGGCUCAACUAUUAUGAAGUUCUUCAGUUCUUCUACAAUGACACAAUUGAGGAUGCCAACUAUCAAGAUAUGAAGCCUGGAAUUGAGAACUGGAACUUUUUCACAGAUGGAUGUUAUAUGUCACCCUACGCAUAUCAAGGCCAGUUCUGGGUUUCCUAUGACGAUGAAAUAUCAGUUGACCUAAAAGCAAGAUAUGCAAACCAUCACAAGCUAAAAGGAGCUUUUGUUUGGGAAAUUGACACUGACAACUUCAUGGGAUUAUGGGGAAAAGAAAAGUACACCAUCACCAAAGCAAUCGCAAAUGCUCUGACAUUUGGCAAAGGUCUAGAAGAGAACGAAAUAUUGGGAACUGCUGGUGAGAAUGCUGCAUGUGCUCCACAAGCUCCCCUCUGCGACCCAACCAAUGGUAAUGCAACCAUUCCAACUCUAUCGACAGCUCUCCCUACUCCUACAACUACACCAACCGAACAUGAUUGUGAUGAAGUUGGGUGCAAGGAGAACGGAGAUUUAACAGCAUACCCUGGGGAUUGUCACAAGUAUUACAAAUGUAUCUUUGAUGACUCUGGCAUGUGCCACUUAGAGCAGUACACCUGUGAUUCAUGGUUUUUUGACCCCAUGACUGACUCAUGUGGGUGGGAGCCACUACCAGGAGAUGACCAUCUUUGUAAACAAUAAAUCCUUUAAUAUAUACAUACUGUAAUAAUUUAUAUAUUGUGUCGCAUAUUUAAAAUGUAAGAAUGUGAAUGAAUGAUACGUUUAAGUAAUGUAUAAAAUAAACGUUAUAUUACUGUU